AUGCGCUUUCACCACCGCCACGCCGCAACGUCUGCUCCUGCCUUCAAGAGCCCGUUUGCCCCCUUGCAACUCGCCGCGGAAGAUGAGACGCAACUUGAGGCCGUGGCCCGCAUCUUCGUGCAAAACACCGUGUUGCAGUACGAAAAGUUCAUGGCCCAGGACCGUCGACAGUUAGACGGCAAGUACUGGAAGUGCAUCAAGCAAGAACGCGACCUUCGCGUGUUUCUCCAGCGUCGACGCAAAGACGUAGAGCGCCGCACGCGUCGACAGUCGCGACUGCGCCCUUUUCGACACCGGAGCAUCGACUCUGCGAAGUCUCCGCGUGCCGACAUGUACAACACGACCAGUUUUGGCAGUCGCGACAGCAGUUGCAGCAGUAGCUCCAGUUUCUUCAGUCGUGGUACCGGCAGCUUCUCGAGCACAUACAGCAACACCAACAGCUCCGAUUGUCGAUCCACGACGUUCAGUAGCGACUCCAGCAUUGGAACUGGACCGUCCACAUUACAGGGCGUCGAGCUGCCCAUUUUGCAGCUUGUGGGUUCCGUACCAGGUUCGCUGGACGACGCCAUGUACGGAGCUCUCGGGACUUCGGCUGACGCGAUGCGGGUGCAAAGUGCGUUCGAGCGCGACAAUGUCACGGACAAUGCCGUGUUGGCAACGAUAUUGACCCCCACAACGUCUGACCCGUUCCGGUCAUUGUCGAUCAAGUGGAUGGAAAACGCGGGUCCGACGAUCGACCAUCACCGGUACCACCCGCUGCAUUAUCCCGUGACGCUUCCAGGCGCUGGGACUCGAGAGGAUUUGGUCUUUCUAGAGGCUACGGGCACAACGACGUUGGCGUCCGGGGAACGCGUUGGGUAUCAGUUGCGUCACUCGGUUCACUUUCCGCAGACCCACAGUCGACCGAACGUACGACGUGGGAACUUGUCCACGUGUACGCUCUUCCGCGAUGGCAAUGCCAUCAUUCCGGACGCUCACGAAGGACCGCCUCGUGGCUCCGUCGAAGUGUUUGCACGCGCCUGUUUGAGCGGUGGCAACGCUGCAGUGCGUUCGGCUACUGCUGCGAUGGCAGCCACUGGUGUGUCUGUGCUCUGUGGACGGAUGAAGAAGCUCGCGUGGAUUCUGGCCCAGCGGCACCCCCCGACGCCGUCGUUGAUGGGCGUUGGCCAUCCGCAGGCAAACGGGUCGGCACUUUCACGCACGCUUCCGCCAUGCAAAGCUCGACAUGGAUCGCUCACUGUUACGGUCUCAGCAGCUGCGGCAGCAGCGAUGGCAGCACCGGAUAGCAAGUUGUGCGUAACGUGCAAGAAGAAGGGGUCGUGGUUCAGUGUCCCUGGCAAGAACAAGACGAAGAAGACGAAAAGGCACUCGACGACUACGUGUCAAUUGUGUUGGCGCUUCGUGUGCUCGUCGUGCCGGUUGAAAAAGACCGUCAUGAGCUGCGUGACGGACUGCGGACGCGGCAGCGACCGACAGGCGACGCACGUCGUGGAGCGGGAGGUCACCCUCUGCAACGUCUGUGUGCACCAGUGUAUGGUCGCAACCAGUGCUCGCGACGUGGCCCGCGAAGAGAUCGAAGCGGACCCCAAGCGGUGGCGCUUUCCGUCCCCGACUCACGCCCGUGCGCGAACUCGGAGCGGGUACAUGCAAGCGCACUUUCAGCUGCAGUGGACUAAUGGCUCAACGCGCGACACGUGUGCCCAGGAGCCACGAGCAAUGGCUUCGCUUCGGUCGAAACUUGCGGGGGGCCAGGCCGAAGUGUUUGGGCGCUAUGCCUGA